AUUUCGCAGCACUCUGCCUCGUCAUUCUUGAUCCACCCUGUCAAAGCUACUUGCCGCCGCUGUGACCCUCCACCGCAUUUGCAAGAGCACAUUAUUCCGACUCUGCAUGUGGUGCGGCCAACUCGGCCCUCUCCACUUAGAACCGUCGCACAUCCUCAGGAGUGCUGAAUCUGGCAGGGCGGUUGUCAUGGCAUCAACUCACCCCGUCAAUCUUUUCGCAGAGCUUAACAUCACACGACUCCAAGUCGUGGGAUUCAUCGUCAUAAUUGUGGCUUUAUAUGCAGUCGUUCGCUGUGUUUACCUACUACAUUUCCAUCCCUUGGCAAAGUAUCCCGGCCCACGAAUCGCGGCUGUAUCCAAUGUCUGGUGGGCAUAUCAUUGGCUGAGUGGCCUUUAUCCAUGGGCGAUUGCGAAAGUGUUGGAUGAAUAUGGUGAUGUUGUCCGCAUUGGUCCAAACGAGGUCGUCUUCAUCACUCCGAAGGCAUCGGAUGAUAUCUAUGACUCCCACACAAAACACCUAGAACAUUUCACCAGGACAGACUGGUUAGAUCUCGGUGAAGGUGAAGAUGGUAUUAUCUGGGAAAGAGACCCGGCCAGACACCGUCAGGUCCGAAAAGGCCUGUCACCAGCAUUCAGCGUGAAAUCGCUCCAAGCCAAAGAACCCACACUGCACAAGCACAUUGACUACUUCUUGGAAAGAAUCAGAGAACUUGGAGACGACGAAAGUGGCGUAGAUCUUCGAGAGUGGACAGAUUGGCUCGCACUUGACAUAUCUGCAGACAUGGCAUAUAGCCGGGAGAUGAGGCAGAUGGAAACAAUGAAAAGUGCGCCGCUCCUCGACGCAAUGUGGGCGGUCAACUUCUUCGUCUCUGUCAACGCAGUGACAAAGAAGUUCCGCCUACUAGCACCUUUGAAAUUCCUCUUCAUUCCGCCGUCUCUGCUGGCCACAUUGCCGCACACACUGGCACUGAACAGUAAAGAGGUGGUGACUCGGAUCAAUCGCCGCGGGAAUACUACCCAUCUUGAUUACUUUGAACAUAUCUGCCCGCCAGAUGCUCCAGAGCCAGACAAAAAACGGCUCAAGCACAUGGAAAUCUUGGCUGGUCAACUCCUAACUGCUGGGUACGAACCGAUCUCAAGUCAAUUUCUGUGCACACUCAUGUUCUUAAUCCAAGAUCCCACAAGCUACCGGCUCCUGGUCGAAGAGAUCAGGGGCAAGUUUGGAAGCACUCACGAUAUCGACACAGAAUCAGUGGCACAUCUGAGGUUCCUCAAUGCAUGUCUAAUGGAGACCCUGAGGAUUACAGUAAUCGGCGCCAAUGGGUUGCCUCGCAUAUCGCCUGGGGCUGUCGUUGACGGCCACUACAUCGAGAAGGGGAUAACGGUCCAGUAUGGUCACUUUGCCUUCACGCGGAGCCCUCGAUACUUCCAUGAACCGGAAUCGUUCAAGCCACAGCGCUGGCUUCCGUGUGACCACGAGCAGUGGGACAAUGUGUUCGCUAAUGAUGCCAGGGAUGCGUUUUGGCCGUUCAGCCGCGGGCCUCGGAGCUGUCCCGGAAUGGGCUCGGCUUGGCGACAGACUCGUCUCUUCAUUGCCAAAGUCCUCUGGAACUUCGACGUGGAGCUGGUUCCAGGGCAAGAAGUUGUAUUCGGUCGUGAUUUUCGGUCGUAUGCGAUGUGGGAGAAGCCCACUAUUCGCGCACGUUUCCUCCCAGUUGUCCGGAAGUGAUUGACUACCUGAGUAUUUGUUCUCAUUCCAAGACUGAAAGUUUGAAUCAGAUAUGAAAUGAAAGCCAGGUUUGGUUGAGUUUGUCUCGAGAUUGUGGUACCGUUGCUGGGGACAGUUUCCAAUGGCAUCUCGCCCAUAGCCAACAAAAUCUCUACCCUGCGCCCUUUAGCCUCAGCCGCCGGGCAAAAAGUAGAUCUUCUUAAGAUAAACUUUGCUAGGAAAAUGUUCCAGCCUCUUCUCUAAUGA